AUGGACGGGACUGUACAAGGGAAUCAAGAGUUGAGGGUCACCUCUGUAUCCUCUUCACAAUUGGGAAACAAUCAACUCGUUCCUUCACGCGGUGCAAAUGUACCCUUGAACCAACAACAGCUACCGGUGGUACCGUCGAAUAGUUCUGCACCUUUAUACCAAAACCCUUCUCCAUAUGGAGGUUCGCAUAAUGCUCCUUCAAACUCGUUCAAUGCAUACCCACCACCCAAUAGUGCACCACCAUAUGAUAACAAUUUUUCCAACCCAUCAUCCCCUUUUGUAUCGCAGAGCAAUUGGAACCAACAGUACCAUCCGCAUAGCUCUUCAUCUGUGGAUGAUGCACGUGCACACAUACCUCCACCACCUCGCCAGGUUCAUAUCGAUCACCCUCCUCCUGCUCGUCCUCCACAGCAAACACGCGUCAAUUAUCCUCCUCCUCCGCCACGCCAGUCAUCUUCGUCACCUGCUGUGAACAUACAUAUACACAAUUCAAUAUAUACCAAUGGUGCGCCGUCAUCUACUCGAAUUCAAUCUCCAAAUAGCGUUAAUCUUCAAAGUACUACCCCUUCCUCAUUUCGAUACCAAUCGUUGAAUAAUGUGAAUGCGCACAGGAGUACUCCUCAAGACCCAUCACGUACAGGGGCGUGUGGCUUUCGAUAUUCGUCCCAUCAUAGUGUCAAUUCAUCAUCUGGAGGGGCACGUGAACCACAAUUGUAUGGUAACAGUGGGUCAAGUACCCCAAGCAACCACAACAGAAACACCAGACUACCGAGAAGAGACUACAAGAGCGGGUUUCGCUCAAGCCCCAGUACGGCAAACCACUCUUCGCCACGAGUACCAGAGAUUCCGAAUUCAACACCCAUACACAGCAGGCCCAUACAGUUUAAUCAGACGAAUCAACUUCCUAGUAGUCCUUAUCCUUCUGAUGGUAGCGGGGUCGGAUCAAAUCACAUGGUUAGUAACUCGUCCACACCAACUGCGACUCCAAAACCUCUGAAAGAGAAGUUUAAAAUGUCAAUGGCGGAUGUCGAACGUAUCAUAGGAAAUUACAGUGGGAGGGCGAAACCGGGGAUACGAGGAGCCAUUUUAAAUACUGAGUCGAAGCCAAUGAUGGAUGAGAAGCAGCAGCAGUUGAUUGAAAUACACCUUGACACGCAUGAAACAAAGGCAAAAACGGACAGAGGGGCUAAUGGUAGAACCGAUGAUACAAAACUUGAAACGAUUAGUGGGACCCGGAAACCAAUUGGUUCAUCCAUUACUGCUGAUAAUGAUCGAAAGGUGUACGAUGCCUCCGCUGUGAAGGAGUACAAUCCCUCUUCAUUGACUACAGGGGGUCACAGAAAAUAUGAUCCCUCAGCUAUCGCCACAACUGACCACAAAUCGUAUACUCCUUCCGCAAUCGCUACUACAACUGACCAGAAAACGUUUGACCUAUCUACAUUAAACCCAAUAUCAGCUACAAACAACAAACCAGUAAUUAUUGAGCUAUCAGAUGAUGAGUCCGAACCUGAAACUAAACCCCCACUUGCGGCAAUGCACGAAAGUUCAAUUAUCGUUAUCGACAGCGAUGAUGACGAAUAUGAACACAAACCUGUUGAGCCUGUGAAAAUGGUCAAGGAUCCUAUUGCAAUUGAUACAUCAUUGGUAUCUUCGCCCAUAAUUCAGAUUAAAUCUAAACCUACUUCCGAGCAUGUUUCAGACCCAAUUGCUGAUUCCUCUUUCUCAUUUACAAAGAUUGAUCACACCAAAGUACCCCCAAUUCGGGAGUCAACUGAACCUCAAAAAGCCGAUUUUAAUGCAGCUAUAAUUGAAGAUGGAAAGAAGACACCUGAAGAUGAUCCGUUAGAAAUACCCUCCAAACCUGCUUUCAUUCGGUGGUUAAGUUCCGAUGACGAGGAUUAUGAUUUUAAUAUCCCCCUAGCUAAGACCCCGACUGCAAGCAAUGUAUCAGAAUUGAAAAAUAAGCCUGAGGUCCUAUCUGGAAUUAGAGCUUCAACAAUUAGUAAAAGUACAGAAAGGGUGGCACUUAAGACGAAUGGAUCCACAGCUGAAGCGAACACACAAACCCCCAACAAUACCAAUGUCGCCAGCAGGUCUAGAUCAGUACCAGAUACACAAUUUUCCAGACCCGCUACUGAGUCAGUUUUAGGGCCAGUCAAAAGAGCAAACACAAUACAAGAUGGAAACAGUAUCACAACAAAGAAAACAAAGCGAUCUAAAACUGAUAGCUUGCUUGAGGAGCUUCCAAAAAUUGACAAUUUUGAAUACACCUAUAAAGAGCUACAAGAUGUUAAUCGAGUGAGUAGAAAAAAGGAGGAGUUGCAUUCGGAGAUGGAAAUUCAUAUUAGUCUUGGACCUUUUGGUAUUUUGAAAGACCUCAAGGAGGAUUUCAAGCUGCGUGUUUCUACUUUCGACCUGGAGUUUCCUUUGAUAUAUUGGAAAAGAAACGCUAAGGCAGAGUACAUCAAGGAUAAGGACUACUUUAUACCCAUCAAGCCAAAGAAAGUUGUUCAAAAUACGUUUGUCAUGUACUACCUAGCUCAGGACUUUUUGGACAAGCUUCACUCAGAAGAACUUAAAGCUGAUGUAGUGAAUGCAACUGAGGAGAUGUGUGUAAUCUCGACUAACAAUUACCAUGUGAUACUCGUCGUUGAGGGAUACGAUCAGUUUAUCAACAAAAUUAAGUCUUACAAGCAAAGACAAUUUCGGUCACAAGUCUUGAAUGGUGAAGAUCAAGCAAGGAGAAAGAAGGAUGAUGAGCGAAUGUCGAAAUACCCUACACCACUAGAAAUUGCUAGAUUGUUGAACAGAGCUCAAUUGGAUUUGAAGGUGAACAUCUUUCCCGUUAGAUCGCGACAUGAGGGUGUUAUGUGGUUGAACUCAUUUACAUACACUAUUGGAUCGGCAUUGUAUGAUAAAUACGAGAGGAAUCAAAGUUUGGCAAACUUGGGAGUUGUGCGAUCAGGUAGUGAUACCAAAGCAACUUUUAUACAAUCAAUUCAACAUUUUCCACGUAUGACGCAAUCAAAAGCCCAAAUUUUACAAUCUUCACAUGGAUCAAUGUAUCUGAUCUAUUCGAAAUUCCGUACCUCUGGUACAUUGGGUAAAGAUGCUCUUGGAAGGAAUAUUGUACCACCCACUGUUGAUUCAACAAUGUUGAGCUUUUUCACGUCAGAUGAUCCCGACAAGGCAAUUACAUGA